GAAGCCAUGAAGAGUAAUGAGUCUCGUUCAAGCUCUUCUUGUGCAGCUUGUAAGUUGUUGAAGAGAAGGUGCACUUCCAAUUGCCAAUUUGCACCAUAUUUCCGGUCGGACGAGCCCAAGAAAUUCGCCAACGUUCACAAGGUGUUUGGAGCUAGCAACGUGAUCAAGAUCCUGAAUGAAGUGCCACAGGACCAGCGAGAAGACACUGUCAACUCUCUGGUUUACGAGGCUGAGGUGAGGCUCAGGGAUCCCGUUUACGGUUGCAUUGGAGCCAUAGCGUCUUUGCAGCGGAAAAUGGUGGAGCUGCAACAUGAUCUGAUGGUUACUAGAGCUCAUCUUGCUUACUAUGAAGCUAAGCCUAGCACUUCUUGUUCAUUCUUGGAUUAUGAUCCCCUCAAUGUCAAUGUGCCUUCUGUUUUCGUGGACACGUCGCUGUCUGGUGGAUUCUUGGAUAACUUCACCCAGAACUCCUUCGGCAUGGACAACAGUACUGGAUCCACGAAUGAAUUUGGCCAAUUCCCAUUUCCAUGAUAACUUCAUCUCGCUCUCUUCUUACAGUUAUGGGUUGAUUACGCAUUUCCUUGUAUAUAUAAGAGGAAGAGCGGCUCGUUAAAGGUAAAUAUAUUCGUUUUUGUACAUGUUAUGAUCAUUUGCCUAGUAAAUCAAUCAAAGACUAAUUUGGUCGUU